GAGGGGCGGGACUAACACGUAUAACGGACAACCAAAUUCCCUGCUGCCUGUCUCCGUUAUUGGGUAUAAUUAAUAUUACGAAAUAUCGUCAAAAAUGUCUAGAAUUUUAGCGUUUUAACUUACAAGGGGAGGAAAAUGCUGCUCGCCCAUCAACAAAUCCACUGACGCUAUUGUUGACUACAAACAUAUAUACGUGUUUGUGGAACACAAAUUUUCCUCAUCUUCUGUCUGCAUCGAGACGCUGCUCCAUCGACAGUCUGUCCGACGUUCAGCAUCAUGUCUUUGGCUCAGAGGGUUUUGCUAACUUGGGUCUUCACUCUGGUCUUCCUGAUUAUGUUGGUCCUCAAACUGGAUGGGAAGGUGCAGUGGAAUUGGUUCCUCAUCUUCCUCCCAGUUUGGAUUUUUGACGGGAUCCUUAUUCUCAUGCUCGCCAUUAAGAUGGCAGGGCGCUGCAAGCCCGGGUACGAUGCUCGCAACGGCUCCCCGGAUCUGCGUCUGCGCUCCUGGUACCUGAUGGCCAUAAUGCUCAAGCUGGGAUUCUGCCUGACUCUGUGCGCCAAGCUGGAGAAACUGGCUGAUGUCAAGCUGACAUUUGUGUGCAUCCCACUGUGGACCAUGCUGCUGGGAGCACUGGUGGAGCUGGGACUCAAUAUCUUCCCAGAGAGGAGAGAGGCCUGAGGAGGAGGAGAAAAAUAAAUAAACAGGUGUGCAAAAAUGAUCAGGCUUAGGAAGACGUCCUCAGACCUCCCUGGAAUGUUCCAACUGAGCAUCAGCAGCAGCACAGUACCAGAAACUAAUCGCUCAUAAAUCCACUGGAGUCCAGCUCUAGUUUUAAGAGAGAAAAAAAACUAGGUCAGGAGAGAAUCUGCUGCUCUCGUGGGAUGUAUAAUGCUAGUGUGGAAGAGACAUGUACAGUAAGACAAUAUCGCACAGUGACAGCACCUCAAUGAUCUGCCUGUACCGAUGUCACUGAUGUCAGAGCGGGUCCAGGUACUGUCUGUGUGCCUGUGUCUGUGUGUGAACAAGAUAUUUGGACUAAAACUUUGUGCAUCAGGAUGGAAGUUGCUCCACAGUGUAACCUCGCUAAAGUCCAAUCCCAUCUAAAACGAAGGGAAAGGGUGAUGCGAUAGUGCGACGGGAGAGUAUUAGGCUAGUUCACCUAAGACUUGGGACAAGUAUGACAUUGGGAGUGUUCCAUUUCCAAUUGUGGCCACCAGGGGGCAAAGUCUUUAAACCUUGUGUAUGUGAUUUUUUGACAGACUUUGUGUCAAAGUGAAACUUAGUACAAAAAGGCACUUUGCUAAGACGUCAUACAAGUUUGAUUUGUUUCAGUUCUACUUGUGGCCACCAGAGGGCCGAGUGUCUUUAAUAUUGUUUACGUGGUAUCUUGACAAACACUUUGUGUAUCAAAGUGAAACUUGGUACACAGGGUCACCUUAUUGUUUGGACAGGUUUGACAUUGUGUUUUGAUUCUACCUGUGUCCACCAGGACACAGAGUCUGUUUGAAGGUGUAACUUGGUAGACAAGGUCACCUCACCAAGACUGGUCCAGUUAAAUGGCAGUCUCUUUGGCCUUGUGUAUGUGAUAUCUUGACAAGGGCUUUGCGUGCCAAGGUGAAACUGUACACAAACCUGCCUCAAUGUUGGGUGUGUGUAAGUUCUAACUGAGGCCACCAGGGGGCAUAGGGCUCUUAAACCUAGUGUAUGCUUUGUAAGUGCUGCCAGAAGGACUUGGCGGAUUCUGAUGAAAAUUUGCUGCUGAAGAAUAAGCUUUGAAACCUUGCAUAAGUUUGAGGGUGGACUCGAUGACAGUUUAUGCUCAGUAUCGCCCUUGUUUAAAUUAUAAGUUAACUUUACACUUAAUAUCACAUUAAAGGACUGCAAUCAUUUAUUGUACUUUAUUAUUCAUUUAAUUGCACUGUUGGAGAGGAAAAUAUAUUAAAUAAAGCACAUAUUGCAGAUUGUGCUGCACUAAUGUAGCCCUUUUGUCAAACAGUAGUGACACGAAUUGAUGUAGUAAACAGUAAAGUGUUUAACACUGUAGGGGAAAAACUGCAGGGACCUGACCUAGAAUACACCCACACAUCUGUGUGCCCUUUUAGGGACACCAGCUCCUCUGAUGUGCAAAAUCCAUCUCAGUCUCUCUGUUAGCAUACUUUUGUGGUGUUUAUCUGCAGUCUUGGGCAAGCUUACUGAUGGAUUUGGGUUUUGCAGUGCAUGAAACAAAAAUAGUGCAGCUCUGCUGGUGGCGGCGUCUGCAAAAGGCAGAAGUGAGAAACAGACUAAACUUCCCAAAUGUUCCACAUCUGCCUAAGCCCUAUUGGAAAGGUUAUUACAGUUUUUUAAACAAGUGUAGUCAUAGUUUUCCUUGCACUGCCAAGAGUGCUGGGUUUGUAAAGCAGAAAUGUAGAUUAGUGAGUUAGUUCACAGUAAGAAAUAACUCAAUAAAUGAUGGUCAUCUUGUACCUCAUAAUGAGUAUAACAGAGAUCAUCUUGAAAGCACUACAUCGAUC